GCCCUUGGAUCAAGCUGUAUCGAUCUAUAUCCUCCUUAUAUGUGUAAUUGUAAACUAUUAUAAAUCGUUUCGAAUUCCAACAAUAUGGAAAUUAUACAAAGUCAAUUCCUUUGAGAAGAUGAGGGAUUUGUUUCUUGACUAUGCAGUUACUUGUGCAAUCUUGAAUCUUGAUUUUGUUUUCUUGACUUGUCAAGAUCCAAUGUUCACGUGGGUGAUUAGGGAUUUCAAGUCUCUGCAAGACCGGAGAGUUCAGUCUGAGGAAUUCAACGUCGAUGGCUGCACAUGGUCUGUACUGGUCUAUCCCAAUGGAAAAGAAGGGGAUAACUACUUGUCUGCGUCUCUGCUCGUUAGUAAUUUUCAAGAUUUGCCUCCUGGAUGGUGGAUAACCACAAAUUUCAGCCUUUGCAUUGAAACCAAUUCUCGUUACCGCCGUCGAGUAUUAGCAGCUAGCGAAAAAUGUUUUGAUGCGAAUAAUCCUUCGUGGGGUAAGAUAUACUGGUUGCACCGUAGGGAGCUUAAUGGUUUUCUGGUGAAUGGUGACCUUAAGAUUGUCGCACAAGUAGAGGUUCUCAACAAAUCUACUCACGAGGAGAUUGAUUUAGACUAUGAACAUUGUUAAGCUUUCUUUUUUCUUUUUUUAAACCUUUCUAGCUGAACGAUUAAAAUCCCAAAAUAAUGGUUGUGUAAGUUAUAACAUUGCAGUUUCGCCUAUUUAAAUAAUAAGGAAGAUGAAAAGAACUAUAUUUGGUCCAA